AUGCAAUUGAUAACAGCAGUAACCUACAUUUGCACAUUUGAGUGUCAUGAAUCCCAAAAAGUUCGCCAUAAAGAUGCUCUCUUUAGGAAGCUUGCAUCAAUUCUCUCUACGCAUGGAAAUUGCUUCAAUGGCUGGCAAAUCGCCUGGGAAUUAUCUGCUACGCCUUGGAAUCUUUUCGGUCCAGCUCCCCCGCUAACGGCCUUUUUAAGCUCCGGAGUGAAGACAUCUCUUAGAAUCCCCUCUUUUGCCGGGGAAUUCAAGGUGUGA